AUGGGUACCACGACCAAGCAGCCCACCUCUAAUCAAGGUCAUCUACAGUCUUUGAUGGCCAAGGUUCGUAAGGAACUCCGACCACCAACACAGAUAGAGACUUCAUAUGCAACCAAUCUUACCCAGGCUGUCGAGAAGGAAGCUUGGAAAGAGUCUCAAGAAGUUCGCGACAGCAUGUUGGGCCUCGCUCAAGAAGCUCGGAGGAUGUUUGGCCUUCGACCGUUUGAUAUGUCAUUGAAUGGGGAGAAUGAAGCCGAUGGCAAAGAGAUGGUUCUGCGGAACGGUGGGAAGCGACCAGCUUCCACGGCACCAGCCCCCAAUCCAUCAAAGCGGCAACAACGGGAGCCUAUUCGACCACCGCCACCACCACAUUCUGGCAAGAUAGACCAGAAAUCCAAGACUCUAGAUCAAUCCGGUCGUGUCCGUCACAUCAAAGAGGAAAACACCGUCACUAACUCCCAGAACGGUCCGCACGGCCAUGGCCAUUCUCAGUCGAUCGAAAAUCCAUCCGCCACCAGCUUUCUCACGAGCAGCGCACCAAUCUACAACCAAAACAUCAAUAGCGGGUCUGGUCAGCAAAAUAUCAACGUCUAUGGCGUAUUCGAACCUCGGCCACCAUCAGCUACCGGCAUCGCGCCAACCGAGUACGAGAUCCCUACCGAGCCAGAGCAUCGUCUAAACCGAGACGCUGGACAGCAAAAGUUCUCGAUCAAUGAUACUGUUACCAACAAGACGGCCAGCGACGGUAAGUCUGUGGGUCACAACCAGACGUUAGAGGGUCCACAUGGAAACACGCACAUGCGCGUGACGGCGCCGGUCUACAACCAAAACGUCAACACCGGAAGUGGACAGCAGAACAUCGACGUCAUCGGAAAUAUGGACUUCGAGAAAAAGGAGCGGAAAGACCGAUCGCUGCAUCUUACCGGCCAACUUCGCCGCAAGGUCUUGCAGUUGCAACCGGGCAGAACGCAAUUCCACUACCACAGCGACGCGACAAUCAAGUACCUCUUAGUCCAUUCUAUCAACCAGCUUCGUCUCACUAUCGACCAACCUCGCCUCAGUAUGGAUCAACUUCGCCUGAGUAUCGACCAACCUCGCCGCAGUACUCGUAUGGACCAACUUCGCUUCACCGUCGAUCUCGCUCACCUCGCCGCCGCGUCGCCGCGCAUAGUGACAGUGGCGCUAUGGAUGAGUACCGGGAUCGUUCGUACGGGAAGGGUGAUGGUCUUCCAUAUGAGGAUGCUCGGUAUGAUUCAGAAGAUGAUUGGUCGAGGCCAGAUGGUUUAG